AUGUAGUAUUUCCGUUUCGUUUGUUAUUGUCUAAAACUUUGAUCUUGUUGAUCGUGGAUCUAGAUCAAGAUCUAGACUCUAGAUCUACUUGUAGCCUAGGUGGACAUCCAUGAUGUUUAUAAAUCUGAGCAUACCAAAAGCAUUAUAUAUCAUGGGUCAGGCGACCUCAAGUAUACCAUCUGAGAGUGACCUGGGUCAGUUCAAUAAUAAAUUAGUGACUCACUUUAAUAUUAUCAAAAGUUUGGCUACUGUCUCACAUAAAGAUAUAGUGGAUUGCAUCGAGCAGCUGAAUACUGUGACCAAAAGUUUUACUGAUAGAGCUGGUAAGCAGUUGCGGUUCUUGAUACAGGAAGGUACAGAUACAACAUUUAUAUGGAAAGGGACUAUCAGAAUAUGCUGUCUAAAGAUCAACACAAGCAAUUCUGAAAUAGAAUCUAAAAGAUUGUUGACUCUACGCCAGUUUGUAGCAACUUACAAGGAAAUCAUUGACCAGGUGUCAGCUCUGUCCACUGCUGACAAAAUAGAUGCACUGCAGCCCUCAUCCUCAAACUUAGAUGAAAUGACCACAUCAGCUAUAUUUAGUGCAGAGAAAAAGCCAGACACAGAAGAACCUAUCAAUGAAUGCUGUGUGUGUAUGGACAGAAGAGCUUGUGUGGCCUUGUCAUGUUGUCAUGAGUUCUGUGAGAUUUGCAUUGACAAUUGGACCAGAGAUGAACGACACAGCAACUGCCCAAUGUGUAGAACACAUGUGUCAGGGUCAGAUGAUACAUGGGUUAUGCCACGCAAAAGCGACACCAAUGACUAUGGCACAGAUUUGAAAGAUCACUUAGUUAGUAUACCUGAUAGAUCCAAAAAACUGACCUAACUGAUUCUGUUCUAGUAGUGCUGGUGUGUUUCUAAUUAUUCAGACUUAUUGCAGUGUUAAUGUUUCAUGGAGUGUCUUGGGAAUGUUGGCGACUAUCACAGCCUUUUGUUUUCUUGGAACAAGUAUUUUAUCAAGCUUUGCUCCGCAGAGGCCCCUGAGGUCUUGAUAUAAAGUUGUUGAGCUAAACAUUUUUUCCCCUUGGUUUCCCUGACUAAAAAAUAUGGGAACCAUUUACUUGACUGUCAUGAAGUGCUGACCGCUUUAACUUUUGACUAAUCAAGCAUGGGUCGCCAAUUACCUUCACCUGUUUGAGGGUUGGUCUGUUUCUCUCUUUUCAUAUGGAUAUUUUCAUUUAGUUUUUAAAAGCGUCAAACUUUUGUUUUGCUUUUAAAAGUGAGUGAAAAUUUAUUUCAUUAUUCACUGAAUGGAUUAUAUUUUGUGCAGGUCGAUUCUGUUGUGGUAUUUUUAAACAUUUUUUAUUGAAUACACAUUGUUUUAUUAUCAGUUGUGACUUAAAAACACAAAGAAAUUGUGAUUACAUUUUUUUAUACAUGAAUACAAAGUAGUCACCGGCUGUAUUAGCUGGGCAUUUAAAAAAAAUAUUUUUUUAUGCUGUCCAUUGCAUAUAUGACAAAAUAGUAUUUUUUUAGAUUUAUAUUUUUAUGUUUUUUAUUUUAUUAUUGUCAGAAGUCAUACAAUUUUAAUGAGAGAUCAAAACCAAGUUCCUAUAGUUUCUUAUUCUGGUCUUAUAUUGGAAAAACAAUUUUUUAGUGCAAUAAAAAGACACAUUUAAUGUCUGUGUGUCUAUCAAAAAAAUAAAACAACAACUUCUAUUUAUCAAGAAAAAUUAGUAGCAAAGUGUGUAAUAAAUUGAAUAAAAUAAGUGAAGUUUGAUGCCAAAAUAAUUGCAUGCCAUUAAUGUAAUAAGACCUAUUUGUUGAACAUUGGUUAGGUAAUACCUACUUCACAAUGGUGUGGUAAGCCCUUUAUGGCAGGGGAGUGUUUAAAUCUCGUAUCACUUUUAUCCCCUGCCUCCCAGCAUAUGAGAACCUAAUAAGUAGUCUUUGACACUAACUUAUGAUCAGAUAGCAAAGACAUUGUGAUUCCGAGGUUAACAUAAUUUUCCCCUCAUGUAAGUUGCUCCAUGUUGCAGGUCAUUUGAAUGAAUUAUUUUAUAUUGAAAUGUCAUAUACUGACAUAAGCAAAGUUCACCACUUGUAACAUACAUAUAAAUAUAUUAAGUAUCAGAGUCAAAACAUGUUUUAUACAGAGAAAUGACCUUUUAUCUCUUUUGUAUGUAAGACAAAUAGGAUCUGAAUCCUUGACUGUCCUUAUGGUAGCUAAAGUGUUAACAUUGCAUGUGUUUGCUCUUUCAUUAGCAGAACUCAGUGGUAAUGGACAGUCAUAAAUAAUGUAAGAAAAAUUAAUUACAAAUAAAGUUUGAAAUUGUCUAUUUUGAGUUCAUAUCCCUUCCACAUAAGCUAAUGGUGUAUGAAAAAUAAUAGGAAGUUUCAGCCUGUCUGUUGAUAUAAAUUAUGGUUGUUGUAUAUUAUGAUACCUUCUGCACAACAAUAAACAUAUUUUGACAAAAUAUAUGUCUGUAUCUCUCUCGAUAUAAAGCCUUUUGUCUUCAUUCUGUUCUCAUCUCAUGGUCACCACACGAAAAGUUUUUUCCUGUUUAUUAUUUUAUGUUUCACAUCAUUUUCUGUUGUAAUUUCCAAAACAUUUUUUUUUCUCUUUUGGCAGCGAUAUGCAUUAGUUUUGUUUUCAGUUAGUUUCAACAUAAUUUGUUUUGUGAUUUCAAUUUUUUUGGUAGGCUAUAUUUAAUUUACAUUUAGAGUAAAUGUCUAAAAAAAAAUUAAUCUGAAUUUCAUUAAAAAAUACUAUAGGCUUAUUUCCCUUGGCCUUUAAUGUCCAGAGAUAAUAAAUUACAGAUCUGAGGGUCAAUUAGGCAAGUUGACCCCAAUCUGUGGUAUUUAGCACACUGACAUUCCGUGUUUGCUUCAUCCAUUCUUUAAUGGCAGGCAUAGUCUUCUUCUCAUUCUCCUUCAUUUGAAAACUCCUUGAUUUCUAAUUGUAGAUACAUGACCUGGAAAACAAUAAUGAUAGAUUCAUAUACACUAAAUUACUAGACCUGAAAUAAGAAUCUAAUCUUCUCAUUCUGUAACUUACCUCUACCCAUCUAUCUUCUAACUAGAUUUGUAAAACUUGUGAAACUUGUAAAACUUUUUCUCAGUUGAUAACAUUGUAACUAUACCAUCUGUUUCUGAUUUGUAGAGUAAUAAGCAUUAUUUACAGUUUGUUUGUUGUGGUUUUUGUUUUUCAAAAUGAAUCCUUUAAGAGGCUUAAUGAUAAAUUAGUGAUGCUUUGCUGCCAAUAUUAUGUAGCACAAAUACUUGACUUAAUUGUACAGAGUAACCUUACUUUCUCAACAAGGCUUGUUACCAAGGAUGAGUGUAUUAAAUCAUGUCAUGCUAUCCACUAGAAGUGAACAAACCACCUUGUAAAUUGUAUGGAGUUUGAUAGAAGAAAGUGCUCUUUGUUAUUGUCUUUUAGAUUGAUAGUUUGCACUUGUAUUUGAACUCAAAUUGUGAUAUCUCCAAUUGUAUGGAUCACCAAAGAGACAUUUCCACCAUGUAUUGAUCAUUUCAAGUGAUUGUAGCUGUUAUUUUGUACAUGUUUGGUUUUGUCCACCAGUAACAGUUAAAUGUCCAUUGUAGCUUUCUAUGACAUGUCUACUAUGAAAUAUUAAAAUGUUAUUUACCUGUUGAUAAUGACCAUACCCUUGUCAUGGAUGCCGUUUAGCUUUCUGUUUAUCUAGUUCUUUCAAAUCUUGUUGAUAAAAUUGUAACUUGCUUGCUAGCUUCUCUGUUUGGGUUAGGCUUAGUCAUCUCCUGUCAACAGAAUCAUCUUUAUUCAUAUUACAUUCGGUUAUUUCUUUAAGUGAAUUUCAAUGCACAUGUUUAGGUCCUAAUGUACUAUUCAUUUACAAUUGCAAUUAUAAACUUCAGGAUAAAUUCCCCAACCAUUCAUUGAUGUACAAAAAAAAAGGUUAAUUUUUACAUUGGAUUAGUAAAUGAAUAUAUAUAUAUUUUCAAAUGUACUAUUUCUUUCAUAAAAUAUAUAUAUUUUUUACUUUGCAUUUUUUGAUGCAUGUAUUGUUUUAAUACAACAUAGACAUCAUCUGCAGAAACAUUGUGUGCAUUAACAUUGUCAGAGGUUUGUUUUCAGUGAGAUUCUUAAUUGCUUAAUGGUACUAAAUAAAUAUACAAGUUACAAUGAUAUAAUAUUAAGGCUUGUCUUCGAGUCCGAAGAUUAAUGAGGAAUGCAGUAUUUCCUGUGGCUAUGCAGCCCCAGCUGUGACCUACAUAUUUUGCCACAUCCAGGGCAAGCAUAACCAUUGUCCGCCGGUGGUCCAUUAAGAUAUCCUUUUAUCAACUCUGUUGCGACUAGUCAUAUGUGAGAUGGCAGAAACUAAUUUGGUUUUUGUUAAUCAGUUAUGUACUCAGAGUAUACUGCUACAAAAUUUUUGUCAGAUGUUUUCAAAUAGAAAUGAUCUAGCCAUAAUUUUGCUUCAUUGUAUGCUCCAGACACACACAAAAAAUGUUUGUUUGGGUUUGAGGAGGAAAGAGAAGAACAAAUAAAAAAAAAUGAACUAUUUGGUGGGGCUGAAAUACUGAGGAUAACUGGCAUCUCAUGGUCCCUAACAGAUUUAACUACCUCCAGUUAAAAAUAAAAUAGUUUUUGCUUUACCUUUUCUGUUGUACUAUUUGUUAAAGUAGCUUGAGACUGGUAUUUUUCCUGUCACAAAAUACAAGAAUAGUGUAUGGACACACUUUCAUGAAGUGGAUGUAAUCAUGUGUGUACAGGCUUGGUCUGGUUACUGAAGACCUGCUGAACAGACAGACAGUGUGCUUUUGGCAAUGACAUCAUAGUCUUGCAAUAAUUAUAAUAAUAAUGGCUAUAGGAUCGAUUCUGAAGAUUAUAGAUGAGUGAGUGUUUCAGUUUAAUGUUUUUAAAAUAUAUCAAGUGAUUAAUAAUAGAUUUGAGUUGUACAGUUAGAAUGUUUUGCUUGUACCACAUACAGGAAACUCUUUUUUUCCCCCAAAAAAAUGUGUCAUUCCUUUGGUUAUAUGUUAAGUAAAUCUGUGAUUAACAAUGCAAGGUAAAUAAAAAAUAUAUGAACCUUAUCAUCUUUUGACUUGGAAUGUCAGUUGUUUUUUUUAGGAUGGAUUUGUUGGGAAUGUCAGUUGUUUUUUUUAGGAUGGAUUUAUUGGGAAUGUCAGUUGUUUUUAGGAUGGAUUUGUUGGGAAUGUCAGUUGUUUUUAGGAUGGAUUUGUUGAUCUUUGUGUAGGUUCCUGUUAUCAUAAUACUCAUUAGAAUGUAAACAAGUUACCAUCCAUGUCAUUGUGUCAUCUACUAGUUGUAUUUUGUAAACUGUAACUAAACCUUUCAGUCAGCCAAUGUGUACAUCUGAUCUAUCUUAAGCUUUAUUGAUAUCUAUUCAUAUGUGAGACACUUAAUCUGUUCUGUUUGGAUCAGUCUUGACAUCCUGAGUUUAUUUAGCAACAUAAAUCAUCAAAUUUACUUCAGGUAAGUCAUACUGGUGUUUUAGCACCUUUAUUUUUUUUUUUAGAAUUGUUUUCCCUUGUUCAAGAAUCUAAAGAGAUUUUCAAUUUUUGUUUUAAUUUGACUUUUAUUUCAUCUGAGAUUAACUGUGGAACCAAAGUUCAUUGCAUUGUUUCUUGUUCAAAGACUCACAUCUAGUUCUAAAAAGUUACUUAUACAUGUUAUGAAAUGAACUUUUUAGAAUGAGUCAUGUAAUGUAUAAUUAAAUGUUCUAUUAACUGUG